UGUCUGGCCUGGAGUGCUUUUUCUGAAGUGCCGCUCAUGAGAGACUCCCACCGGCGCCCCGCUGACGCAUUCCGGGAUGGCAGCUAGCUGAUGGGCAGCUGAGGAUGACAUUGACUGACAGACUGCGUGAGAAGAUAUCACGGGCGUUCUACAACCACGGGUUGCUGUGUGCUUCCUAUCCCAUCCCCAUCAUCGUCUUCACUGGCAUCUGUGUUCUGGCCUGCUGCUAUCCGUUGUUAAAGCUCCCAUUGCCUGGCACGGGUCCCGUGGAAUACACCACCCCUGCAAAGGACUAUUCGCAACCUCCGGCCUACCCGGCCCACCAGCAAGGAGAGCCCAGCGAGAGGCCUGACUGGUACACUGGUGCUCCUGUUGCCUACAUCCAGCAGGUCCUGGUGAAAGCCACUGUCUCUCCAUGGCCCAAGACAUUCCUGGCUGUUGAUGUUUUUCGGUCGCCACUGUCCCGUGUCUUCGAGCUCGUGGAGGAACUCCGAAACCACGCCCUGCGAGAUGGCUCCAGUACCAAGAGCUUGGAAGAGAUCUGCCUUCAGGUAACAGAUCUCUUGCCCAACUUGAAGAAGCUUCGAGGCCUGCUUCCUGAACAUGGCUGCCUGCUGCUGUCCCCGGGGAACUUUUGGCAGAAUGAUCCGGAGCGCUUUAGUGCUGAUCCCGAUAUCAUUAAAACCAUCCACCAGCAUGAGCCAAAGACCUUACAGACGUCAGCUACCCCCAAAGAUCUGCUGUUCGGAGUCCCAGGGAAGUACAGCGGGGUGAGCCUGUACAACCGGAAGCGAGUGGUAACCUACAGCAUCACCUUAGGUCUCCAGCGUUAUGAUUCCAGGUUCCUCUCCAGCCUCCGUUCCCGCCUCAAGCUGCUGCACCCCAGCCCCAACUGCACGCUGCGGGAGGAGCUCAUCACCCACGUGCACUUCAAGGAGGAGAUCGGUGUCGCUGAGCUGAUCCCCUUGGUCACCACCUACAUCAUCCUCUUUGCUUACAUCUACUUCUCCACACGGAAGAUUGACAUGGUGAAAUCAAAAUGGGGCCUGGCUCUGGCUGCAGUCAUGACGGUUCUCAGCUCUCUGCUCAUGUCCGUCGGCCUGUGCACACUCUUUGGACUCACGCCGACGCUCAACGGAGGGGAGAUCUUCCCUUACCUCGUGGUCGUGAUUGGCUUAGAGAAUGUGCUGGUUCUCACCAAAUCCGUGGUUUCCACGCCUGUUGACCUGGAAGUGAAGUUGAGGAUUGCACAAGGCUUGAGCAAUGAAAGUGCGUCCAUUACGAAGAACAUGGUCGCAGAGCUGAUCAUCAUUCUGUUUGGCUACUUCACCUUCGUCCCGGCCAUCCAGGAGUUUUGCUUUUUUGCCGUGGUCGGCCUGGUGUCUGACUUCUUCCUCCAGAUGCUCUUCUUCACCACCGUCCUCUCCAUUGACAUUCGCCGUAUGGAGCUUGCGGAUCUGAACAAGCGGCUCCCCGCCGAAGCCUGCGUGGCCCCCGCCCAGCCGGUGAGCCGCUGCCAGCGGUACGAGCGCCAGCCAGCCAUGCGGCCCACCACCCCGCACACCAUCACCCUCCAGCCCUCGUCCUUCAGGAACCUGCGCCUCCCCAAGCGCCUGCGGGUCAUCUACUUCUUUGCCAGGACCCGGCUGGCGCAGAGAAUCAUCAUGGCCGGGACCUUGGUCUGGAUUGUCAUCUUGGUUUACACCGACCCUGCCGGCCUCCGCCCCUACCUGGUGUCUCAAGUGACCGAGCAAAGCCCGCUGGGCGAGGCGGGGCUGCCGGUGAUGCCAGUUCCCGGGGAGGUCCUUCCCACCGGCGACGCCAAGCUGUCGCUCUCCGUCUUCCCUGCUGACUCUGAGGAGCAGCAGCUCUUGGAAAACCACACCUCGGAUUCCUUGAGCAGGCAAGAGGCGGGGCAGCAUGCCGAGGCCGCGGAGCCCGAGAGCAGGGAGAGCAACGGGCAGCCGGAGCUGGGCCCCAAAGCGGAGGUGACCUGGGGAGCCGAGGACGAGGAGAUCUGGAGGAAGCUCUCUUUCCGGCACUGGCCUUCGCUUUUCAGCUCCUACAACAUCACCCUGGCCAAGCGGUACAUCAGCAUCCUCCCCGUGAUCCCCGUCACUCUGUACCUGAACCCGCAGGAGGCCCUGGAGGCGCGCCACCCGCACGAGGCGAAUCGCUACCACACGUUCUUCUCGCUGAGCGGCGGGAAAGCGGAGCAGGCAGAGCAGCUGGCCGAAGGCGCGCCCAGAGCCCAGGGGCACCGGGACGUCACGCUGUACAAGGUCGCUGCUUUGGGCCUGGCUUCCGGGAUCCUCUUAGUCCUCCUGCUCUUCUGCCUGUACAAAGUUUUGUGCCCCAAGAACUACGGGCAAAACGGGCUGUCCCACAGCAGGAGGCGCCGCGGCGACCUCCCCUGUGAUGACUACGGCUACUCCCCCCCGGAGACCGAGAUCAUCCCCCUGGUCCUCAGGGGGCACCUCAUGGAUAUUGAGUGCCUGGCUAGUGAUGGGAUGCUGCUCGUCAGCUGCUGCUUGGUGGGUCAGAUCCGGGUGUGGGACGCGCAAACCGGCGACUGCCUCACCGUCAUCCCUAAGCAAGGGUUGCGCCGGGACAACAGCGGCAUCUUCGACUUCCAAGAUGGCUGGGACCAGGGCCCCGAGGGCCGAGGCCGGCUCGAGGACCCCGUGGAGGGCAGCUGCCCGUUCAAGAGGCCCCGCAGCCCCCCGCAGCCCCCGCUCUUCAGCGACCAGCCGGACCUCAGCUCCCUCAUCGACACCAACUUCUCCGAGCAGGCCAAGGCGGCCGCCCCUGAGCCCCGGCACCGUGCCAUCUGCGGCCGGCCAAAGGAGCCGGGCUACGACUUCAGCAGCCUGGUGGAGAAGGUCUGCGAAGAGCAGGGCGCGGCCGCCAACUGCCUGAACUUCUCGGGCUUUUGCGCCCCUCACCGGCAGCUGGCCUUCAGCCCCCCGGCGGGCGGGGCCCGGUCCCCGGGCUGCCGGGGCGAGGAGGGAGGCUGCGACGCCCACCAGAACAGCCAUGGGGAGGAGCCCCACGCGGGCCUGGAGAAGAGCCGGCCCCGGCCCCUACCCCCCUCUUGGGGCGGAGACUUUGAGAGCUCCAUCUGGAGCCUGGACCUGCAGGGCAACCUCAUCGUGGCUGGCCGGAGCAACGGGAGGCUGGAGGUGUGGGACGCGAUCGAGGGCAGCCUGCGUUGCAGCAACGAAGACGGCCAGUCGGGCAUCACCUCCCUGGUCUUCCUGAACAGCAGGGUGGUGGCGGCCCGGCUCAACGGCUCCCUGGACUUCUAUUCCUUGGGGACACAGACCUCCCUCGAUCACGCCCAGUUCCGAGGUCGGAGCAGCCUCCCCUCGUCUCCCAUGUACAGCAGCAACGACGUCAUCACGUGCCAGCUGACCCACACGGUGACGUGCGCCCAUCAGAAGCCCAUCACGGCCCUGAAGGCUGCAGCGGGGCGGCUGGUCACAGGGAGCCAGGAUCACACCCUCCGAGUGUAUCGUCUGGAAGAUUCCUGUUGCCUCUUCACCCUGCAGGGCCACUCGGGAGCAAUCACAGCUGUCUACGUUGACCAGACGAUGGUGCUGGCGAGCGGCGGGCAGGACGGCGCCAUCUGCCUCUGGGACGUGCUGACGGGCAGCAGAGUGAGCCACAUGUAUGCCCACCGGGGGGACGUGACCUCCCUGACCUGCACCACCUCCUGCGUGAUCAGCAGCGGCUUGGACGACAUCAUCAGCAUCUGGGACCGCAGCUCGGGGGUCAAGCACUACUCCAUCCAGCAGGACAUGGGCUGCGGGGCCAGCCUGGGCGUGAUCUCCGACAACCUGCUGGUGACGGGAGGCCAGGGCUGCGUUUCCUUCUGGGACAUCGGCUACGGCGACCUGCUGCAAACGGUCUACUUGGGCAAGAGCAACGAAUCCCAGCCCGCCCGGCAGAUCCUGGUGCUGGAGAACGCAGCCAUCGUCUGCAAUUUCGGCAGUGAACUCAGCCUGGUCUAUGUACCAUCGGUCCUGGAGAAGCGAGACUGAGCGGGGCGGCGGGAUGAUGGAUGAUGAUGAUGACGACGACAAGCCGGCCAUGAGCCGCUUUUCCUGACCGGGCCGUGCAAGGAUGGGGGCCGCCUCGGGGCGGGGUGCAGGCGCUCCCCGUCUUUCAGCAGCGGCAGCUCCUGCCUUGCCCUGCCCCGGGGCGUGGCAGCAGUGGAAUGUGGGGUGGGGGCGGGGAACUAAAGCUGACGGUGGAACCAGGGUAGGUUUUAGUCAUGUUUAAGCAGAGAGAAAAGAAUCUGGGUGUAGCGGAGAGUCGGCUGCAGCCGCUAGGCUAGAGACAGGUCACGGAAGCAGCUUUUGCCAAGGUGGUGGGGGGCGGAGAGGAACGGACCCCACCCACACUUGGUUCUCAGGAGGGGAGGGGCAGAAGGCCUUGUGUGCAGAGAGAAGCAGGGCCGGGCCUCUUUCAGCGCUGCUGCCGCUGCCUCCCGUGAGCUGUCUGUAAAAGCGAGAGCUGUUUCUCUGAGCCUUCGCUAGGGAGGGAGGGAGGGAGGGGGGCUGUAUGCGUGUGAGAGAGAAGCAUUUGGCUGUGGUGGCUCUACGCAGCCUCGGCCUUAAGGUCUGCUGUUGCCCCAAAGCGGACGAGCCGUUUACAGACAACUGUAAGAACCCGGGCGGGCGGGCGGGGAACCUCCCCAGCUUUGGAAAUGAGCCGCUGCUCUCGGUGGGUUUAAAAACCGGCUUUCCGAUCUCCUCUGUUGUAGCCCCAUCUCGCCCUCCUCUGCUGGCAGCAGCAGUUACUGUACCCCACUUAUCCAAGGGGGGGGGGAAACACGAGAGGUUGGGCUGGUUGAUGGGGGCGAAUUCUGCCCUUGGAAGGGCAGGAAGAGGAGGGCUGUGAGGGGGCGGAGGUUGGCCAGUUGAGCAAGCCAGCAGCCCCCUGCUGUGGCUUUCAGCACAGCCCUGACCCUUCUCUCUGCCUGCCAGGGCAAGGCGGGUGCGUUGUGCUUCCUGCCACACUUAUUUAUGUGCUGUACAUAGUUAUUUAUUCUGGCAUGUAAGCUCGGGGAGGAGAGAGGGGGGCUGCCCCACCUGGCUGCUGAGACAGACACCACCCUCAAGCCAAAGCUGGGGGGGGGGGGGCGUUCCGGAAACCUCCGCUCCAGCUGGGUCACGGGCUGGAAGUGACACCUAGCAGGGCUCCUUUCACCCACAGGGCCACUCCAAGAGCCGAGGCCCGGCCCGGCCCCGGCAUAACCACCCCGCCCAGCUUGUUCGCCUGCUUGCUGUUGCUAGAACUCUAGCUUGGGCCACACAGGUUGGAAGGAAGGUGGACGUGGCGCAACCCGGCGUCCUCUCUUUCCCCAGCUUCCUGCGUGACACGACGCCAGCAGGCGGAGCAGUGAACAGGUUGGCGUGGCGUAGAACGGCCUGGUGCCCUCCUGCCCAGCUGGCUGAGGCAAGUCGUAGGCCGCGCAGCUGGAGGGCACCAGGUUAGGGGAGGUGCUUACACAGCCAGGGCACAACAGGCAAUACCGGGAGGCUGCCGUGAGAUGGGGAAUUCGGGUGGCAUCAAUGAAGAGAAGCGACCGAAAGAAUCAAGGAGCAGCUAGAACAAGCGAGGCUUUUUUUAAAAAAUAAAUAAAUGUAAAGCCAUUAACUGACUAGUUCACAUGUUUUUAAUUUAGGAUCUUUUACUCUAGAGCAGCCUUCCUCAACCUGGGGCGCUCCAGAUGUGUUGGACUGCAUCUCCCAGAAUGCCCCAGCCAGCUGGCUGGGGCAUUCUGGGAGUUGUAGUCCAACACAUCUGGAGCGCCCCAGGUUGAGGAAGGCUGCUCCAGAGCAUACUGUACACUACAGCCUACUAAAGGAUGCUUUGGGAUUAACCUGCUGUAUUCUGUUUGUCCUACUACUCCAUGCUGGGGUAGCAGCAGCCGCCUGGAGCAGGGGAGACACGCUGCUUCUUCGCACAGUGCUGGCCAGGGAAUGCCCCCUCCUGCCCCAGGCCCUCUUGGCUUGCUGCCGCCCGUGUCUACACCAUGCCUCAGGUGGCCUUGGCUCCGCUGUGCCCUUUGGACUGUACAGCGGAAGCUGCUUUUGUACCAGAUUGUGUUUUAUAAUGUGUACAGCUACAGACACAUUAAACGGAACUAACUUAA